AAGCAAAGAUGUCGAAGACCAUAAAAGUAAAGAUGCACAAUUAUUGCAACUUGACUUUGAACCCAUAAGAUUAGCAACUAAUGACUUCUCUCCAAACAACCAUCUUGGUGCUUGGUGAAGGUGGAUCUGGUGCAGUUUAUAAGGAAUAUAAACCAUUUUUGGUCAGCUCAGUUUCGAGGAAGCAUAUUUGUUCUCUGAGUACCUUUCUUGUUUCAUGGAGACUGAAGUUUCUGGUUACUUCUGAGUAUGUUCACAUUCCCAUUGAAGUUCUUCAUUAUCUUCCCUUGUUUAAGAGAAAAGGUUCAUCAGACGAAACCGACACGAUGGAAUCAGUUGCACUUAUUCAAGUAUCUGGAACUGGAGUUCACAAUUAUAAGGCACUACAAGUUGAAGCGGUACUUUUCUACCUUACUUUCUCUCUUGCUAACCCAGGAUUACUGUCAAGCUCGCAAAAGAGAGAACACAGAGCUCAUCAUUUCUUCCGAGACUGUCAGGGAUUCUCACUUGUUCUCCUUUUCCUUCAACAUAGGAGAAUUUGCAAAAGUGGCUUCAAGGGUGGUGCUUCUGAUUUUUCAAUUGGAGAACCUGGUGGUAUUGUUGGCGCCUCUUGGCCUGCUUUCAGGUAUGGGAGAAAUGAAGAGCUUCCACCAAGAGAUGCAUCUUAUAACAUUGCUGGUUGGUGAAGGUUCGUUUGUACACUAGCUUCCUUCGUUCUUUGUUCUAUUUGGUCGUUUUCCUUUGUUUUUGGGGAGUCUGUAUAUUCAUAAGCUUGCGUAAAAUCUUUGCAGGGCAUCAGUAUUCAUCCCCUGUUUAUCAAGGUGAUUGGACAAUUUUGUGGAGUAUAGUUACUAGGAUUGGUAAAACCAUAGCUGGCUGUUCUGUUUUUGUUUCUAGUCAUGGUUUACUCACUGAUAAACUAUUUUCUCUGCUGGUCAUCUUUUUUAGAUGUCAAAUCACUUUUAUUCAGGAAAAUUUUGCUGCCAUCUUUGCCAUUCAUAUUGGGUUGCUGCUUAGUUGGUGUUUGGCCCUUGUUGCAUUGACGGCUUUUCCAACGCUUACUCUUUUUGCCAUUGCUCAGGUUUGUUUCGUUUCUUCAGUUUACCCAAAGAAAGCUUUAUGUUACUA